AUGGCUAGGCAUAAUCUCCUCUUCUUGAAGCACCACCAGCUCAGCAUCUCCCACAUCAGCUUCGGCAUCGGAACCCUCCUACUGUGCGCAUUCACACUUUUCAUGUGUGUAAAUCACUCACGAAGGUGGCGUAAAUGGAAAUCAUGCUACGGUUAUCGAAACCAGCAAAAUCCAGUCAUACAACACAACCCUGAAGAUAUUAUCGGCUACAACUAUGGAGAAGACAUCGAACCUAGUACUUACAGCGGUGAUGUCAGCUCUGUCUGGAAGAAGAAUAUUCUCAUGGGAGGAAAAUGCCAGCUUCCGGACUUUUCCGGAGUAAUCAUCUAUGACUCCACUGGAAACCGAGUCCCCCCUGCCAAAACCCUUCCAGCACUUACAUGGAAAUGA